CGAUCUAAGAAAUCCCCCGGAACGUGUCCCGUCCCCAAAAACCUCCUGAAAUUGUUCACCGGACUUCGUCGUGAUUAGAGAAAAUAAUAAAAUAUAAUAUCCAUACAAAUUUGAAAAAUAUCAAAGUUCUUUGGGUCGACCGGUUAAACAGUGAAAUAAUGUAAUUCUGGAGGAUGAGAAAAAAAUUUAAUUACGUAUAACGCAGAGUCGAAAUGCUGUCGAAAAUUUUUAAUUGAUCGAAAUUUGUUUGCGCGAUUGUAACGUUUUAGGUAUUUGUUGCAAAAGUGUUUACAGUGACGUACAGAAACUACAAAGACGUGAAUUACGAUAUAUAUAUAAUUACUCCUGAUCUUGAAUCGUAAUUUUUCGACAAAAUUUUUUUUUUUUUUUUUUUUUUUCAAACUUCGUCCUCUUCUCAUUAGGAAAAUCUAGUCAAAAUGGAAUCAAGUUUUCUGCGCGAAUCGCUCCUGUUUCUGGCUUUGAUCUGUUCGGUACUGUCAGCGACGAUCAUGGAAGAUUCAGAAAUCGAGUCAAUAACGGGUACCAGAGAACCGGAAACAGUUUCAACGACGGAAUUGACGUCCGGAGUCGCGACUACCGUCCAGUCCUUCAGAGAAUCGCGAUGGUAUCGACCAGGCGGACUCGCGAGAGGAGGCGACGAUCACGACGAUCACGACGACAUGCUGGAUUAUCACGAUGCCCAUGAUGAACACCACGAGGAAAAGGCCAUGGUCGAGGGGAAGGAGGAUUACUGGGGAGGUUACUACGACUUUCUCAUUAACGAGGGAAGCUACAAAUUCUGGGCCGUAUUCCAGCUUGGAACAGCGGCGUUGCUGAUUUACAGCGGUUUCGCAGCUUUGUACUACGCGAAGGUAAAUCCAUCGACGGACGAGGACUACGAGGAUUACUUCCUGCGGAGACGUCGAUCGAUCUAUCGACCCCCUCAAGAAAGGACUUUCCUCGGUCUGAGUCCCGAGGCUUUUCAAAGGAUACUGGACGCGGUGGCGAGGGAAUUUUACUGACUGUGCUAAAAACAUGUUAAACGUAUUCCUGGAUGGCAAUUUUUUACAACUUCUCUUUUAUCGGCUACGCAUAUUGUUCGCGCUUAUCAUCACGCGGUUCGAAUUUCUAUAAUUGUAAUUCCGACACGCGAAUGUUAAGAAUUCAACGUGCAGUUUAUCACAUUCUAUACAAUAUAUAAUACGUUUAUUAUUAUACAUAUGGAUAGAAUGUGGCGAUAAAUUUCAGCACACGUCUGUCUAGGAUAUACAUGUUUCUAUAUAUUUUUCGAUUUACGUAAAAUGCGUUUAAAGACAGUAAAAGAAAAUUUCACUUUCCGUUCGUUUUUCAAUUAAUAUAUACAUAUAAUUAAUUAUAAUAUACAUAUAUGUAUAUAUCGCAUUAUAACAACGGAUUGCGACAAUUUCUUUCCACCUCUGAUAAUUAGGAACGAUUUUAUACGAAAUGUGUAUUAAAAUUGUUCUUACUUUGAGCAGGUGUAAAAGUAUCCAUAUUAUGUAUAGAAUGUAUCGCAAGCUCAGUCUCACCGCUAUGUCUAACAUAAUUAAUCUAAUUAUAACCUUUAUACUUAAAAGUCUAUUUUAAUGUUUGAUAAUUAAUUUUUGUGUUUCUCUUCUUUUCUUUUUUGUACGAUGUUUUUUUUUUUUUUUUUGUAAUGUUCUCCGCGUUUUUGUACACGUAAAUUUGUACCUGUGUACGUUCGUACGAAAUGCAUGAGUACGUAAGCGUGCGAAUUCAAAACCCGAGUAAAAAAAAUAAAUUAUAUGCCAUUUGAAAAAUGUUGUAAGUAUACAUUAUUUAUACGAC